GAAGAAGAUCCGCCCACUGCGGGAGCUGCACAAGCUGGUGAUGAUGAUGGCAACGUGUUUCAGGACACUGCUGUGGUCAUUUCUGUUAUGUUUUCUGGUGAUGACGGUCUGGGCCAUGUUAAUGGUGGAAACUGUGAACCCUUUCGUGCGGGACAUGCACGCCAAUCAGGGCUUUUUUGAGGAUUGCCUGCAAUGCAGACGAGCAACAUCUUCGGUCAUGGAUGCAAACUUACUGCUUUUCAAAACGGUUAUUGCUGGUGACAGCUGGGGCGAGGUUGCUGUCCCAGUAAUUCAGGAAAAUCCAGCAAGUGCCUUCAUCUUCGUCGGCUCUCAGCUGACGUUGGUAUUUGGAGUUCUGAACCUCAUCGUUGCAGUUGUCGUUGACACCUUUGCAGAUGCCCGGCUCAACGAUGUCCAAACCUUGGCGGAGGAGAUGGAGGAUGAGAUUGACUUCGACAGAAAGUCCCUGGCGAAGAUUUUCGACAGAAUCGACAAGGAUGGAAGUGGGCAGCUAUCAUUGCAG